GUGAGAGCUGAUAUCUCUGGCGGGUUGCCGCAUGGAAGUCGCCCAGGCAAGACAGAAUAUCAGCUGUCAGAUCCGGACUCCUUCUCUCCGGUUUCCGAGCCCUGCACGAGCAGACACACCACCGUCCUCCUCCCACUUACCGGGAUCCAACGGGCUAUAACGGCAUUCAUCCGUCUACACCCCGGCUUCAUUCCGGCACUGGGGGGGAAGGUUUCUUACACAGAUGUAACAACAACAACAACAACACCAAAAGACACAUCGGAUCGUCUUCAUUACGCACAGCUAUUUCUAUUCUAUUUCUAUUUUUCUUCUUCUUCUAUUCUCUCCAUCCCCUGCACGGACAAACCGGGGACCGGAGGAGGGGGGGGGGUGAUAUCCACGGUAUGGAGUCCUGGUUUUACCAAUCGACCCACCGGGAGGAAUGAAACUGAGGCGGAAUAUUAAUAACCUAAUCCUAACAGCAACCCAGGGGAUGUUGCGGCAGAGUUUGGGACUCUAGAGAGCAUAACAACUUUUUUUUUUCUUCUCGUGGUGUGUCUUCUCCGCUGUCAUCGUCCUUGCCAGUGGGACUUGGAUUUCUCGUGACUGAUUGGCAGCGCUACUUCACUUCACUAACAUGGACCGGUCGACGUCUUUGGAUAUAGAGGCGCUCAAGAUGACCCAGGAGCAGUAUAUCCUCGCGGCGCAGCCCAACCCGCUCCACCAGCGGGGGGCGUCGGUGUGCGGCGCCCAGGUCUACCCGGCAGUGGGGAUCUACGGCUGGAGGAAGAGGUGCUUGUACUUCUUCAUCCUCCUCCUUCUCGUCACCAUGAUCGUGAACCUGGCGCUGACCAUCUGGAUCCUCAAAGUCAUGAACUUCACUCCGGAGGGAAUGGGCAAUCUGCGGGUGACCAAGGAAGGUGUCCGACUGGAGGGAGUGUCCGAGUUCUUAUCGCCUCUCUACGUCAAAGAGAUCCAGUCUCGUAGGGACAGUCCACUGAUCCUCCAGUCAGCCAGAAAUGUGACUGUCAAUGCCAGGAAUGGUCAGGGACAACUGACCGGUCAGCUAACCGUGGGUUCAGAAAUGGUCGAGGCUCAGUGUCAGAGGUUUGAGGUGAGGAGCACAGAUGGAGAGAGAAUUCUGUUCUCUGCAGAUGAAGAUGAGAUCAGCAUCGGCACCGAGAAACUGAGGGUCACAGGGAAUGAAGGCGUGGUGUUCAGCCAUUCUGUAGAGACGUCACACGUGAGGGCAGAACCGUUCCAAGACCUAAAGCUGGAGUCGCCGACUCGAACCCUGACCCUCGAGGCCCCGAGAGGGGUGGAGGUCAAUGCCGGGGUGGGAGACUUCACGGCGUCCUGUAGGAAAGAUCUCCUCUUGCAGUCUUUGGAAGGAGAGAUCUUUCUAGACGCCAACACCAUCAAGCUGGGCCGCAUUCCCCUCGGCAGUGCAGUGGACCCCCUGGAGGGGGCGCCGGCGGGCACCACCUACACCAAACAGACUGUGUACGAGCUGUGCGCCUGCGCAAGCGGGAAACUCUACCUGUCCCCGGCUGAGAAGGGCUCCACCUGCCAGACCACCAGUAACUUUUGUCUCUGGAGCUGAGGGCGAGAGGCGAGCGGACACUCGGGACGCACGGGCCAUUGGAGUUUGAAGCUAAUGCUCGCGAGACCGACUGGGUCUCACGUGGACCCGGGGGGUGGAGGGGGGGGGGGGGGGAACCCGACCGCCGGCUAACAAACAAGAAUUAACUAUGGAUCGUAGCGCGGCGGGCAAGUUCGUGUCCGUCAAACAAAUCGAACGGUGUGGAUUAGAGCUUGGCACGAAGCUAAGUGCUCGCUGAGGGACCAGAGUCACAUGGGCUUGGAGUGAAGGUAAUGCCGGGUGAAGGACGCAGUGAAGACGGACAGGACCUCCAUGAGAAGUUCUUAGUCAGUUCACUGUUAAUGUGGAUUGAUCAUGUUGUCAAGGCCCGUCAGAAAAAAAAGGACUCGGUGGGAAACAAAAAGCCAAGGUCGGCGUGGACAGAGCGGACUGUUGCUGCCAUGACGAUAUCCGAAAGUCACACGGGUCACAAUCGGGGGGGAUUUCCCGAGAGCAGCAAACUGUCUCACCGUGAGAGUGAGUCGUGUGUUCAGUGUAUGACCAAAGCCUCCCGGAAAACGUGCCCGUGCUUUUGUCAGCGUCGACAGGCCUGGCGACGGGGGGGGGGG